AUGGAUUCUCCGUCCUUUCAGUCGCCCGCCUCUCCCAAGGGGGCUCUCUACCCCGUGUCGCCCGAACGAAUGAAUCAACAAAAACCGAUGACUUCGCCAUCAAGAUCAACAGAAUUGUUCCGAUCAACUAGAAAGAAUUCCGACGUCCAAGCAAAGGUCGCUUUUAUCAACGGCCUCUCGCGCAAUGGAAGUCCAGUUCCAGCUUCCACCACACUUUCUUCGUCGAACUCUUCAGCUGCGCUUCAACGAGCCAUCAUUGGACGUGAAGAGGCCGAGUCAGCACUUGCAAAUGUAUCUUCACAGCUAUCUGAAGCGCAAUCUCGAGAGAGGCGCUUGAGCGAAAGACUGGAGUCUCUUAUGGAGGAGCUACACAACGCCAAAGAACGUCAGGCCCAUGAGCGAACAGUCUUUGAGAAGGAAGUUAGAAAAGCAAGAAAGGAAGCAUUCAAGACCGGUUCUACUCUGGUAAAGCUACAAGAGGAAAUCAAAAACUCCAGGACGGAGAUCAAGAGUCUGAGGGAUGAACUCAAGGUGGAGAAAGACGCCAAGGAUAAAGCGAAGCAGGAAGCCUUCGAACGUGCCUACGCUCUGGCCGGCCUUACUGAGGAGCUGGAGGUUCUGAAAGGGAAGUUGCGGUCAUUGGAAACAGAUCGAAUGACGGAUAGUCAUUCCGACGCUCUAGAAGCUAAGGCUCAAGAGAUGGAGAAAGACAGUGCCGCAAUGUCGGCUGCGGCCCAGGAACAUCCUUCAUCUCUCACACCAACGCCUCGCAGAGCAAAGAGAAGCCUUGAUGGAUGCGACAAGUCGCAGUUGUCUGGUUCAGUGACGGAAGCACAGCAGCAUCAUAGUGAGACCCCGCCGAAAAAACCGAGAUUAUCACACGGCGGAUCUACCACAGAGGUCCCGGAGGUCCGGGAGGUCGAGGCUACAGAAGAAAAGGAGAAUAUGGUCCAGCGGCUCAACUUCGAACUGUCUUGGGAAAGGCGGUUGAGACUCCAGGCGGAGGAGAUGGUCCACUUCCUCAAGAUGGAAUGUCAGUUCAAACAGUGCUCCUGCCGAAUCGCGGAGAGCCAAGGACAUGAAUAUGUGUAUGACGUGAAAUGGUACAACAUGUGCAAGAUCAGGGAAAAGAGAGAGGAGGCCGAGGCAGAGACCGACGCUGAAAUCAAGAAACGGGCUCAGGCUGUGAUGCCAUCCCAAAACCAGGCUGGAAGCCUUACUCGCGCAUCAACGCCGAUUCAAGAAGUCAAUGUUGAAACUGGAUCCACGGCGCAGACAGAAACAUCGGAUGAGCCGACCAUAACGUUCUCUCCAAAAACGGGGACGUUCCGUGCUAUCCCGUCACCCAUGCACAAAUCACCACAGCGCAUCGAGGGGCGAUCUUCCUCGACACAGGCAGUACACUCAGCGCCGCAACCCCACUCACCUGUUCGCCAUUUACCAACUUCACCACUUGUUCCUGAGAACGAGAAAGGCCCGAAGAGUGCCCCAAAUGCUCUUCGUCUUGAUCCUCCUACCGAAGCAAUGUCAGCUGCGCCGUCCACAGCACCUAUCGAGCUUCCUCCCUCACUCUACGAGAACCUAUUCGACAGACGCCACCAGGAAUCUACGCCGCAGCCAGAGGUGGGCCAAAAGGAAACGGUUAAGGAGAACGUUACCGUAACCAAGGUUCCCCUCCGUCCGGAGAAUCAUACACCGGUCCAAGACCUUUCCACCAUUCCAGGAACACCUAUUAGUCGAGAGGAGGCCUUGGCACAGAUCAGAGCACGACGAGGUAGGGCUCGCAGCAUGCCCAAAAGAUGUGCGAGUGCGCUGGAAGGUUCAGUCCGUACCGGUGGCAUGGGUACGGCUCCUGUUCGCGGACCGAAACGAAUUCCAGGGGUGAAUAACACAGACGCAAAAAGCGAGAGCGACCUGAGUGAGCGGAGAGAUCUCAGUGCUCCUGUCGGGAAGUACUAA